GGCACGGGCUCGAAGGACAUCGGCCAGCUCUGGACGAGCGACGCGCCGGGGCGGCAGGGGAGCGAGGCGGAGCAGUUGCAGCGCGGCUGGGAGCGCAACGUCGUCCUCUCGCUCUUCUUUGGGCCGUCGCCAGCAACGAUCGUCGAUCCGAAGCCGUCCUUCCAGGCGCUCGAGGGGCGGUGGGUGGUGGCGCCCGUCACCGACUCGCUCAUCUACGCGAGCGACCGCGUCCAGCCCGAGCUCGCGCGCUGGGUCGACGACCUCGCGCGCUGGGACUUCCGGAUGAUUGCGCCGUCGCACUUUGACGCGCGCGAGGGCACGCCUGAAGACCUCCGCGCUGCGUUCGCGCCCACGCUCGCCAAGAGCAGAGGGGGCGCGGCGACGGACCCGGCCACCCCGGUCACGGCGCGCCCCUACAAUGUCGACGACGUGAGGUUGCUCGACGGUAUCGCCACUGAGCUCGUAAAGCUCAAGGUCAUCUGA